ACUAUCUUCUUCUUUUAUAAAACCACAAUACCUCAAAAACCCCAACCAACCAUUCUCUUCUUUUUCUCUUUAUAAUCCAAAAAAUGGUUCACUAACAUAUUUAAUCUAAACUCAAUUCAACAGAUUCUACAUUUUUAUUAAAAUUUUCUCUCAUUUCCUUUCUCUUUCUCGCCCAAUUUUCCCGAGAAAGAGAAGUGAUUAGGAAAAAGUAGAGUUUAUCUUGAUGGGUGUUUUGUCAAAUUUAAGAGGGUCAAGAACUGGAACUAUAAACCAAGAAGUUGGAUUACCUAUACCAGAUGGGUUAACAUCUCCAUCUGCUUCUUCAGCUUCGGUUCCUAAGAAAAAAUGGUCUAAUUUUUUGCCAGUUUUUGUUGUUCUUGUGGUUACAGCAGAGAUCGCCUUUUUGGGUCGUCUUGAUAUGGCUAACAAUGCAGCUUUAAUGGAUUGGACUGAUAGAUUGUUUUCUAGGUCGCAUGAUUCAGGUUUGGCAUUGGAGAGUGAGGAUUUUAGACAGAAGGAUUUGGUUAAUGUUCAAAAUAAUGAAAGCAAUUUGGAAUCGGACAGUUGUGAAGAGUGGUUAGAGAAACAAGAUACUGUCGUUUACUCAAGGGAUUUUGAUAAAGAUCCCAUCUUGGUGAUGGGUGCUGAGCAGGAAAGGAGGACUUGUGCUGUGGGCUGCCAUUUUAUCUUUGAACCCAGUAAACCUGCUGAUGCUGUUUUUGGCUCACCUGGUGAAGGUGGAAUACCAAGUGUGCUCCGAUCAAUGGAAUCGGCUUCCUAUUAUUAUGAGAACAAUCUAGCUCAGGCACGACGGAGGGGUUACAAAGUUGUGAUGACAACUAGUCUCUCAUCAGAUGUGCCAGUCGGAUAUUUUUCCUGGGCUGAGUAUGAUAUCAUGGCAACACUGCAACCAAAGACUGAAAAAGCACUUGCAGCUGCUUUCAUAUCUAACUGUGGUGCACGCAACUUCCGCUUGCAAGCUCUUGAGGCACUUGAAAAGGCAAAAGUCUCUAUAGAUUCUUAUGGUAGUUGCCAUCGGAAUCGUGAUGGAAGAGUGGACAAAUUAGAGACUUUGAAACACUAUAAAUUUAGCUUGGCUUUUGAGAACUCAAAUGAGGAGGAUUAUGUUACUGAAAAAUUCUUCCAAUCUCUUGUUGCUGGUACUAUUCCUGUGGUUAUUGGUGCUCCAAAUAUUCAAGAUUUUGCUCCUGCACCUGAUUCGGUUUUACAUAUUGGGAAGCUAGAAGAUGUUGAUUCGGUUGCGAAAUCUAUGAAAUACCUUGCGGAAAAUCCUGAUGCAUAUAAUCGAUCAUUAAGGUGGAAGUAUGAGGGCCCCUCUGAUUCUUUCAAGGCUCUAGUUGAUAUGGCAGCUGUACACUCAUCCUGUCGUCUUUGCAUUCACUUGGCAACUAUGAUUCGGGAGAAAGAAGAACAUAGCCCAGGAUUUAAGAAACGCCCCUGCAAGUGCACCAGAGGGCCAGUGACUGUGUAUCAUUUAUAUGUAAGAGAAAGAGGAAGGUUUGAGAUGGUUUCCAUUUUCUUGAGGUCUGGGAAUUUGACCCUAAAUGCCCUGGAGUCUGAAGUGCACAAGAAGUUCAAGGCCAUGAAACAUGUACCCAUUUGGAAGGAGGAAAGACCUCAAAGCAUAAGAGGAGGAGAUGACUAUAAAGUCUACAGAAUAUAUCCUGUAGGCAUGACGCAGAGGCAAGCUUUAUAUACAUUCAAAUUCGGGGAUGCUGAUUUCCAGAACCACUUGGAAAUCAAUCCAUGUGCAAAGUUUGAAGUGAUAUUCGUGUAGAGUGACCGAUGUCUGCAUUCUCAUGUCUUUCAACUAGGGUCAUUUAGCUUCCUGUUUCGUGUGCUGCAGUAUUUGCAGAAAGGUAAGGUAAUUCCAUGAGAAUAGUUGAACUCAUGUUUUGCCUUUGUACUCCCUGUAUCCAGUGUUUUACGUGAGCAAUGAAAAUGUUGUAGAAAAUAGUAGGGCAGAAAUUGGUGUGUUAGCUCCUCGAUACGGUUUAAUUUGGAUCCUUAGAUCAUAUUUUUAACCUCAUUGUGUAUGAUUAAUCAUUUUAAGAUAAUCUAGAACUACUUUUUGCCAAGGAGAAA